AUGAAGUAUUUGGCUGCUUAUUUAUUGUCUACAAUGGGUGGAAAUAAAUCACCAACAGCAAAAGAUAUUGAGAACGUGCUUGGAUCAGUUGGACUUGAUGUUGAUAUGGAAGAUGCGAAUAAAGUGGUGUCAGCCUUGUCCGGAAAAUCCAUUGAUGAGGUAAUUACAGCUGGUUUGGCAAAAAUUUCAUCAGUACCCUCAGAAGGUGCAGCAUCCGUAGUAGCUCCAGUCGUUUCAGCAGAUCCCAUUGGUGUGGCAGAAUCUAAAAAAGAAGAGAAGGAGGAACCAAAAGAAGAAUCUGACGAAGACAUGGGAUUCGGAUUGUUCGAUUAG